AUGGCCAGCGGAGCACCAGGUACGUUCAAAGCCUACAACUCAAAAAACCAAAUGACCCCCGUUGUUUUUUCCCAAUACUAACUCGCAUCUCGUAAAAGGCGGAAAUUUCAGAACUUGGACACCAACACCACCCGAACGUGGCUCGUUCCCCUUGGACCACGAUGGAGAAUGCAAAGAUCAAAUGCUCAAGUAUUUGAAAUGCAUGAAGUUUACUGAGAAUAAAAACGCCCCAAAUUGUCGAAUAUUGGCAAAGAGCUAUUUGAAAUGCCGCAUGGAUAAUCAGUUGAUGGAGCAGAGCGAGUGGGAUACUUUGGGGUUGACUAAUCUACCGGGCGAUAAAGAGGUGGCUAAGAAACCUACCGAACAUGAGUUGAGUCUGGAUAAACAAACAAACAAAUAA